ACUUUUUUAUUAUAUAUAUAUAUGGGUGGCUAAUUUGUAGUAGAUAUUUGAUGCUGACGUGGGGUGCAUCAAAUAAGUCGCAACAAAUGAACACCAAAACGAUGCGUCACCCUCCCCGACGGGUUACCGAUUCUAUGCCCAACAACAACAGUAAGCGCAAAAAGAGAGACGGUUUAGACCUCGAAAAGUUAACCCCUCCUCCGCCAACUAAACCGCCCAUGCUAGCCGCCGCCGCUGCUCACCCGGUUCUCCACAACCAGCUCCUCGCCGGUUACCUAGCCCACGAGUUCCUCACCCGCGGGACGCUCUUCGGCCAGCCAUGGGACUCGACACGACCGUUACAGACGACCGCCGAAUCCAGGAGGGCUAUCGGAGGAAAAGCCGAGCCGAGGGAGAGAUCCGCGACGGGCGACGCCGAGCCGGAUCCGGAGCCAAAGUUGAGAGAGGAGAACAAGCGUCAAAGGUACGUUGAAGUGGCGAGAUUGCUGAAGACCGAUGGGACCCACGUGCCCGGCAUCGUCAACCCGAGCCAACUCUCUCGUUUCUUAGAGAUGUAAGGUUGUUUUUUUUCCUACGUGGCGACAUCUCUUUGGACGUAGGUUUUUUAACCUAGUGCCAAAGUUCCAACAACGAGAUUGAAUUCUUGUUAGAGCACUCUCCGUCUUCUUCUCCGUCUUUGCUCAUACCGGAGUUCUCUGUGCAAUAUACGUAGCCAUAACUGAUAACUCGUAAGCACAGCUCGUUAGUUUUUCUUUUCUUGUGCUGCAUUUGAUGUUUUCGCUUGUAUUCUGAAUGAACAAUUCAAAUGAAAAUUUCGGAUCCGUUUCAA